CUCUGCAGUAAUGAAAUCGGAGAUAUUGGAGCUCAGCAUCUUGCAGAUGCAUUACGAAAGAAUACGACAUUGAUGACAUUAAAUCUCGAAUACAAUCAAAUCGGAGAUGUUGGAGCCCAGCAUCUCGCAGAUGCUUUACGAAAUAAUACGAACCUUAUCGCAUUAAAUCUAUGGAAUAAUGAAAUCAGGGAUACUGGAGCACAACAUCUUGCAGAAGGAUUACGAAAUAAUAAGACAGUGACCACAUUAAAUCUCGGCGCCAAUAAAAUCGGAGAUGUUGGAGCACAGUAUCUCGCAGGCGGAUUACAAAAUAAUGCGACACUGACAACAUUAAAUCUCUGCAGUAAUGAAAUCGGAGAUGUUGGAGCCCAGCAUCUAGCAGAUGCAUUACGAAAGAAUACGAUGAAAAUCUAUUUUCUUCUCGCUAUGAUAAUAUCAAAUUGUUUAGCUAAACAAGAUCCACCACGAAUUCUUCAUGGUAUAUUUUCUGAUUCUAAUACAACACAAGUUUACUAUGGAUCACUCAAUUUUGAUACACAAAAUUUUGAUAUUUUCAAUUCAUUAAAUAUUAAUGAUAUUGGCAAUCCUCAACGUAUAAAAUAUGCUGUUUUACCAUUAACAUAUGAUCCAAAUGAUGAUGUUAUUUAUAUGGCAGCACCAAAUAAUGAUAAUAGACCUAUCUUAAGUGUUAUUAAUGCAACAACUGGAAUUUUAAUAUCAACAUUUAAAUCAAUAUCGAAUACAAUUAUUUCUCUUCAAUUUGAUAUAUUUCAAAAACAAUUAUUUGCACAUAUUGAAACUGAGAAGGACAAUGUAACAUUAUUGGCGGAAAUUGAUAUAAAUAAUGGAAAUAUUAAACAAGUUUUAGCAACAAUUCGAGAUAGUAAACCAACUCAUAUAUCAAGUUAUUGUCCAAUUUGUAGAAAAUAUUUUCUUAUGAUGAUUGAAGAUCAAUCUUUUGUAUAUACUGGUGUUAAUACAAGUAAUCAAGGUGGUGUAGAUUGGAAAGCAAAACUUAAUUAUUCACCUAUUAGUAUGAAAUUUGAUUAUAAAACAUUUACAAUGUAUACAACAUAUGUAAAUACAUCUAUUCGAUAUGUUUCUUCAGUUGGAAUUUUAGAUCGAACAUCAGGCGGAAUUAGUAAAAAUGUUGGAAUAAUUUCUGAAAGUCCAGAUGUUGGAAUUACUUCACUUUCAGCAUUUGAUAUUACGGAAAAGAUAUAUUAUGCAUCAAUUACAUUAGAUUCCGUUUUUCCUCGAGGUAUUUCUUAUGUUAAUGUAGAGAACUCACGAUCGGGCUUAAGUUUUUUUCCGAAAACACAAUAUAAUUCACAUGUUUGGUUUGUAAAACAAUUCGUUCAUUGA